GUUUUUUUUAUCUUAAGAACUACGUUACGGCCUUGGGAAAAACGAGGGUUUGAAAAAAACCUCCCAAGAAGUUGGGACUGGCGUAGUGUCAACAGCAUUAAUUACUGUAGUCCGACUCGGAAUCAACACAUUCCUGUUUACUGUGGCAGCUGUUGGGUGUUUGGUGCUCUCGGAGCUUUAGCAGAUCGCUAUAACAUUGCACGCAAAGGCCGAUGGCCAAUGACGUUCCUUUCACCACAGGAGGUUAUCGAUUGUGGAGGAGAAGGAAAUUGUCAGGGAGGAGACCCAAGAAGUGUUUACGAAUACGCCAAGACACACGGGUUGGUUGAUGAAGGAUGCAGUAAUUACAGAGCUACAAACGGAAUAUGUGACCCGUUUCAUCGAUGUGGAUCUUGCUGGUCAGAUCACUGUUUCUCGCUACGAAACUACACUCGUUACUAUGUGACAGAGCAUGGAGAGUUAUCAGGACGAGAAAAAAUGAUGGCUGAAAUUUAUGAGAAAGGCCCAAUAGCGUGUUCCAUCGGGGCAACAUAUAAUUUUGAGAUGAAAUAUAUGGGCGGAAUAUAUGCAGAAAACUUGACUAUUCCUACAAAUCACAUUGUAUCUGUAACUGGGUGGUCUGUCGACAACGUCACCAACACAGAGUACUGGAUAGUGAGAAACAGCUGGGGAGAACCAUGGGGAGAAAGGGGCUGGUUUAGAGUGGUGACAUCAAAGUAUAUGAAUGGUACUGGUGAUGCCUAUAACAUGGGGAUUGAGAAGAAUUGUUAUUUCGCAGAUCCUGAUAUUAGCAACCUUGCUUGA